UUAGAAGUAACCCAACCCAAACUCUGUAUAAAUUAAAUACAGAUCCAUCGAUACGUACACUCGCAAAUCUUCAGAUUCACUACUUUCAAAACACCAUUUGAUUUCGUCUCUCUCACACAUACAUGGCCGCAAACGAUGCACAUGUUAAUAAUCAACCAGAGGUUGAGAUCGAAGAAGAGAGGUUGAAGUACCUGGAAUUUGUGCAACUGGCAGUGCUCCAUGCAGUUGUUUAUGCAUCAAAGGUCUAUGGUUAUGCUAAGGACAACUCGGGUCCCCUCAAACCGGGAGUGGAGACGAUAGAGGAUACUCUCAAGACUGUUGUUGGUCCUGCCUAUGAUAAGUUCCACGAUAUCCCUGUUGAGGUCCUCAAAUUCGUUGAUCGUAAGGUUGACGAAUCUGUUAGUAAGUUCGAUAGCCAAGUGCCUCCUUUUGUGAAGCAAGUAUCAACCAAAACCAAAAACCUGUCUACAGAGGUGAAGAAGGGUGGUGUGGUGGAAACGGCCUCUGGGAUCGCGAAAACCGCGUACACCAAGCUAGAACCGGUUGCCGAGCACUAUGCUGUUUCAGCCUGGCACACUCUUAACCAGCUCCCACUCUUCCCUAAGGUGGCUAAGGUGGUUGUACCCGCAGCAGCUUACUAUUCUGAGAAGUACAACCAGACCGUGCAGCAAACAGCCGAGAAAGGAUACAAGGUUUCUUCAUUUCUACCAUUGGUUCCCACUGAAAAGAUUGCUAAGGUGUUCAACUCCUCUGGGCCACAAGCUGAUCAUUAGAACCAACUGGUUUACCUUAAGUCAUAUGACAUUGCUUUCGCUUUUCGCAUGAAUCUUUGUUAUGUUCAAGGUACCAUCUUUAUAUGUACAGGUUUAAGGUUUGAUUAUAAGUUGUCAUUGAUGGUAAUCCUUGUUUCUUGAGAAUGAAUAUGAGUUUCCAUGAGAGUUUUCUCUGUUUCGUUUA